AUGAAGGAUAAGCCCAAGUACGAGCCUCCGCCCCGACCUACGACUCGAGUUGGCCGCAAGAAGAGAAAGGCCGGUGGCACCAGCGCCGCCCAGAAGCUUCCCGCCGUCUACCCGACCAGCCGAUGCAAGCUCCGUCUCUUGCGAAUGCAGCGAAUCCACGAUCAUCUCUUGCUUGAGGAGGAGUACGUCGAGAACCAGGAGCGUUUACGCAAGGCCAAGGCCGCCAAGGAGGGCCAGACUGCCACCACCGAUGCGGAUAUCGACCGGUUAGCGGAUGAGCGAGGUCGCGUUGAUGACAUGCGAGGAAGCCCCAUGGGCGUCGGAACCUUGGAGGAGCUGAUUGACGAUGACCACGCCAUUGUCAGCAGUACGACCGGUCCUGAGUACUACGUCAGCAUCAUGAGCUUCGUCGACAAGGACCUGCUGGAGCCCGGUGCCAGUGUUCUUCUGCAUCACAAGAGUGUCAGUAUUGUUGGCGUCUUGACAGAUGAUGCCGACCCUAUCGUCAGUGUCAUGAAGCUCGACAAGGCUCCUACCGAGUCAUACGCCGACAUUGGUGGUCUCGAGCAGCAGAUCCAGGAAGUGAGGGAGUCAGUGGAGCUGCCACUGCUCCAUCCUGAGCUGUACGAGGAGAUGGGUAUCAAGCCUCCCAAGGGUGUUAUUCUCUACGGUGCCCCUGGUACAGGAAAGACGCUGCUGGCCAAGGCGGUUGCCAACCAAACAUCUGCCACUUUCCUGCGUAUUGUGGGCAGUGAACUGAUCCAGAAGUAUCUUGGUGAUGGACCAAGACUCGUUGCUGGAGAAAACGCCCCGUCCAUUGUCUUUAUUGACGAAAUCGAUGCCAUUGGUACGAAGCGAUACGAUUCGACGUCAGGCGGUGAGCGAGAAGUCCAGCGAACUAUGCUAGAGCUUCUGAACCAGCUGGACGGAUUCGACGACCGUGGUGACGUCAAGGUCAUCAUGGCCACCAACAAGAUCGAGAGUCUGGACCCUGCCCUGAUCCGACCAGGACGUAUCGACCGAAAGAUCCUCUUCGAGAACCCCGACCAAAACACCAAGCGCAAGAUCUUUACACUCCACACGUCCAAGAUGAGCCUUAACGACGAUGUUGAUCUGGAGGAGUUCAUCUCGCAGAAGGACGACCUUUCUGGUGCCGACAUCAAGGCCAUCUGCUCCGAGGCGGGUCUGCUGGCUCUCCGAGAGCGGAGAAUGCGUGUCCAGAUGGCGGAUUUCCGAUCGGCGCGUGAGAGAGUGCUCCGCACCAAGCAGGAGGGUGAACCAGAGGGUCUGUAUUUGUAA